AUGAUCUAUCGUAUACUUCGUCCAAAUGGUAUUUUUCUUUUUCGAGAACAUCAUGCUCGACAAGAAUUAAUUCCAUUAUUGAAUGUUGCACAUAUGGUAUUUAAUGUUGUUACUGGUGUAGAUUAUGAAUCGGAAAUAAAUGAAAUUCGAGCAUUUCGAACAAUUGAAGAUUGGCGUUCAUGUUUAAGACGUGCUGGUUUUGAAGAUACAUUUGUUUAUGAUGAACAAGAAGAUGAUUCAACAGAUGAUAUUAUGAUUGUUUUUCGAAAACCAGAACAAUACAAUCAAAUAAUAAAUAUAGAAUGGAAUGAAAAUUAUCAGAAAAUUAUUACUAAUCCAGAAUCAAAUUAUUUUCGACAAUGUGAAUGGUUAGUUGUUCGAAUUUGUAUGCAAUUUGGAUAA